GACAUCCGAGAGGGGAAAGGCGCCUGCAAAAGCUCCGUCCGCCCUGCCCCCCACCACAAAGUCACCAUGUGGCCCCUGGCCGCCGCGAUCUCUUUCCUGACGGUAGCCUGGUCAGGAGGCAUCUCUCGGGAGUACCCCAAGAUUCUCAAUGGCACCAAUGGGACCAACGGGUUCCUCCCUGGUGGCUACACCUGUACCCCCCACUCUCAGCCCUGGCAGGCAGCCCUACAAGUGCACGGGCGGCUGCUCUGCGGGGGGGUCCUGGUGCACCCCAGAUGGGUCCUCACUGCUGCACACUGCCUAAAGGAAGGGUACAGAGUGUACCUGGGCAAGCAUGUCCUGGCACGUGUGGAGGCUGGGGAGCAGGUGCGGGAGGUGGCUCAAGCUAUCCCCCACCCUCAGUACCAGAGCAGUCCCACCCACCUGAACCAUGACCACGACAUCAUGCUUCUGGAACUGAAGUCCUCCGUGCAGCUCACCAGGCACAUCCAGACCCUGCCCCUCUCCCACCAGCGCUGCCUGCCCCCCGGCACCUGCUGCCGGGUGUCUGGCUGGGGCACCACCACCAGCCCCCAGGUGACUUACCCCCAAACCCUCCAAUGUGCCAACAUCGAGCUUCGCUCAGAUGAAGAGUGUCAUCGAGUCUACCCGGGGAAGAUCACACCCAACAUGCUCUGUGCCGGCACAAAAGAGGGUGGCAAUGACUCCUGUGAGGGUGACUCCGGGGGUCCCCUGGUCUGUAACGGAAAACUUCAUGGCAUCAUCUCCUGGGGAGACUUCCCAUGUGGGCAGCCCAACCGGCCUGGUGUCUACACCCGAGUUUCUCAGUAUGUUCCAUGGAUCCAAGAAACAAUCCGAAAGCAGAAAACUUGGCAACAGGAAUGGGUGAAGGGCCCACAAUAA